AUGCUAUCUCCAUUUCCAGCAGUUCUACCGUUGGCCUAUUGUCCUUCUGUUAGUGGUUGUCGAGCACUGAUUAGGGAUAAGGAGAAACCAGAGGUGAUACAAUUCUGGAUGGAAGAUAAAUACAUCGCUACCCUUUAUCACAAUAAUACUCAAAAAGGACCAGUUUUCAUCGUAAGUGCCAAGUGGAACUACUUUAAUUGCAACAAUCGAUUAUUGAUUGGAACUCUGUCUCAGGAUUCGAUCAUCGCUGUACCAUUCCAUUCAUUCAACGAGAAUCUAAUGACUCCUUUGCCAGUUGAUAUCUCCAAUGAGUUCAUUCAACAAUGCAGUGCUGAUUUCUAUCAGAAUGAUCCUGAAAAUGUGACCGACUUCUGUCGUGACAAGAUCUUCUCGCUAACAACGGACUUCAAUGGAGCGGCAUUUUCUUGUGAUUGUAUCGCCAGGGGCUCUGAGUCCUUCUGCUGUGACGAAUAUGGUGGGCAGUGCAAAUGCAAGCCAAAUAUCAUCGGGAGACGUUGUGAAAGAUGCGCUCCAGGAUACUAUAAUUACCCCGAAUGUAUAAAAAAUGCAACGUUCUUGAGCGCAACUCGUGUUACAGCUGGUAUAAGUCAUGAAUGCAAAUGCAGCGUUGGUCAACAAUGCGACGAACAUACCGGCCAAUGCUUUUGUCCAUCACAUGUGGAAGGUACUUCUUGCGAUAAAUGCGUAAGCUACGCAUUCGGAUAUGAUCCAUUAAUUGGUUGCCAGAAGUGCGGAUGUCAUCCUCAAGGUUCGGAAGGAGCUUCACUACAGUGCGAUCCGAAUAGCGGACAAUGCUUAUGCCGUGAAUCAAUUGGUGGGCGUCAAUGUGAUCGAUGUCUUCCUGGAUUCUAUGGAUUUCCCCAUUGCUACCCGUGUCGUUGUAACGUUGCCGGUACAACUGAAGAGAUCUGUGAUCCAACAAAUGCACAAUGCACAUGCAAAGAAAAUGUCGCUGGACAAGAAUGUGACACUUGCAAACCGGGCACAUUCCAUCUAUCUGCGGCAAAUCCCAAAGGUUGCGUCAAUUGCUUCUGCUUUGGAACUACAGAUCAGUGUGGAUCGAGCAUGUUCCCAGUUUCAAUUACAUCCUUUGAUAUGUCUGGAUUCACUGUUAACGAUCCAGUUGGAAAUGUUACAGUAGAAGAUAGCAUUGUUAAAUAUACAGCUGGUGAAGGAUCGCCAGCUAGUGUGUACUUCAACGCCCCUAUCACCUCUGGUUCAGAUUACACGAGUAGUUAUGGCCUGACCCUAUACUUCCAAAUAUCAUCAAAUCCACCAGACGGUCCUCAUGCGAUGAGCUCUGAUGCAGAUGUGAGACUAUACGGUAAUAACAUGACGGCAGAAUUUUGGGCUCCAGAGCAACCAGCAAAACCUGAAGAAGCAUUUACCGUUCGCGUGAAGUUGCUACCGGUGGGAUUUACCUCUCAUUUGUUUUCCUUUUCUCCAGGAGUUCUUCAAUACUGUCGUUUUCAAAACUGGGGCAAAUUCUUGAGCCGCGUGCGGUUGCGCUGCGAUUUACGGAAGUGGCGCUCAAAACUUUAUGUCCGCGGUCACUGUGCAGCUAUUCAAAUCGUCUCUUAUGUAGAUGAGAAAAUCCCAGAAAAUUUCCUGCUAUCUACUGGUCAACCUGUAACACGUGCAGAUCUUAUGAUGAUCCUACAUUCGCUGCAAAACGUUACCAUUAAAGCAUCUUACUACAACAACCCGAAAUCAGCAGAGCUUGUGGAUUUUGGCUUGGAAGUGGCUGGAGAGGGUCUUCCACCAUCAGUCAUGCAAGCAUCUUCAGUGGAACAGUGCGCAUGUCCUGCUCCUUAUAGCGGGCCAAGUUGUCAGCACUGUGCUCCCGGUUAUUAUCGCGUCCAAAGUGGCUCGUACCUUGGUGCUUGUGUGCCAUGCGAGUGCAAUGGGCACUCCGGUUCAUGCGAUCCGGACUCAGGUGUUUGUUUUGACUGCCAACAUAGCACCCAUGGAGAUCACUGCGAAUUCUGCGAUGAAGGCCACUAUGGAGAUGCAACCGAUGGUAGUCCAUACUCUUGUAUGCCAUGCCAAUGUCCAUUCUCACCUACGAAUAAUUUUGCUACUGGUUGUCAGGUUUCGGAAUAUGGACAGCUGCUGUCGUGUAAUUGCAAGCCUGGUUAUACUGGUGAUCGUUGUGAUAGAUGUGCCGCUGGCUUUUACGGUGAACCCCAGCGUCCAGGAGGCUCUUGUCAACCGUGCGAUUGUAAUAAUAACAACAAUUUGACCGAUUCCCGAGCUUGCCACCCAAUCACUGGUGAUUGCUACUUGUGUGAGGGAAAUACGGAUGGUAGAAGAUGCGAGUGGUGUGCCUCUUGGUAUCAUGGUGAUGCAAUAAGUGCGAAGAAUUGUACAGAAUGUACUUGUAAUAAGUGCGGUUCGAAUGCUUGUGAUAAUAAGGCUGGCACAUGUGAUUGCAAACCAAAUGUGGAAGGACUAAAUUGUGACAGUUGUCUGCCUGAUUACUGGGGUUUCUCUCGCUGUGCCGGAUGUCAUCCUUGCCACUGCGGUAUAGCAGCAUCUUCUACUCAAUGCGACGGUGAAAAUGGUCAAUGCUCAUGUCGUCCUGGCGCUGCUGGACUACGCUGUGAACAUUGUGAACAUGGUUUCUGGAAUUAUGGAGAGUAUGGAUGUCAGAAAUGCGAUUGUGAGGCAGAUCUUUCCAUGGGUACAGUAUGUGAUGUACGCACUGGACAGUGCCAUUGCCAAGAAGGAGCUACUGGAGCCAGAUGUGAUCAAUGCAUUCAGUCCUAUCUAAGAAUACCAACCUAUGGGUGUAGACGAUGCGACGAAUGCGUCCACCAUCUCGUUGCUGACGUUGAUCGCUUCGGAUUGGAAGUGGAUAAUCUGAACAUGACUAUUUCUAACAUUUCAUCGGCCACUGUAGUGGGAGCCAGACUUAGUCGCAACUUGAAAAACGUUGCAAAGUUUGCAGAAAUGGCUGAAUUACUCUCUGGAGCUGACUACAAUAACUUCGUGGGUGAUGCUAGAGGAGCUCUGAGCAACAUGUCGCUUCUCUUCAACUCUGCUGAAAGAACCUUCGCUGUUACGGGAGAAGACGUGGAACGCACCAUGAAUCUAACAGAUGAGGCGAACGAAGUUUUACAAGACAUUCGGCGAAGAGCUGCGGUAUGUUACAUUGGAUUUUCGGGGAUUAUGCGCGAAGAAGUGUUAUGA